UCAUACGAUUCACCGUACAAACAAUUCCCCAAGAGAUUCAUUAGAAUAGAAGUUUAUUAAUUUUUUCCAUUACAAAUGAACUCGCUUUUAGGUUAUAAGUAUAGAAGUAAUUAAUUAACAGUACAUAAUGGCUGAAAUGGAAAAUGAUGUAUCGCCAAUCGAAACGGAGCAAAGGGAAUAUGUUGAAGACGGAAAAAACAAACUCGUAGUGCAAUGCAAAUUUUGCGGUUCGAAAAUUUUGGAUAAGAAAUCAUCUAAUUAUAUCGCUCAAGAGAAAGAUCUGCCACUUAUGCAGCAAGCCAGUAACAACGAUAGAGAAGUACAGAACGAGACUAUAAAGGAAUUUUAUCAUGUCGAGAACAUGUAUAUAUUUGAAAAUAUAGGUUUUACGCACACCGUUGACAAUCAUAAAUAUUUGAGUUGUGCAGAUUGUGAUGCGGGUCCAGUCGGGUACCAUGACACGAACACGAAACACAGCUACGUAGCUAUAUCUAGGAUUGUACAUUCCAAAUAAAUUUGUACAAAAAAUUGAGUUUAUUGAUUAAUUUUUGUGAUUAAUCAAGAUAAUUUUUUUUAUGAAAGUACUACAUAGCUUGAAACAUGUUAUUAUUUUCAAUAUACAUGUUAGUCUUAUAAAAGAAUGUAAUUAGAAAAACCUUUUGAUGUAUCUACAAAAUAAAGCUUGCUCUCUGAAAAAAUAUUA